UUAUAUUCUUCUUUUUAUUUACUAUCAUAACAUGGAGCGCAUGCUUACCAAGAAGUUCAAGUUUCUUCUUAUUUAUGUAACACUUUUGUCAACUUCUUUUAUAAUUGGAGAAUCAAAGUUAAUCAAUAAUUUGCUUGAGGAUGGAAAUUCAAUUAAAAAAGAGCCACUUAAUGAGGAAGAGGUAUCCACCAUGGAAGAGAUGCUUCUAAGAGCUAAUGUAAGAGAUUAUGGAAGAUUUGAUCCUCCACCACGUCUCGUUCGACCCCCUGGUAAAGGGGUACCAGCAGCUCCCGGCCUAAAUCCACCCCCUCCUAGUAUCAGUGAAUCCAAGUAAAAGCAUAUCGACAAAGGCAAUUCAGGGCUUGGCUCAAAGUCUCCUCCGAGUAAAAGUAGACCCAACUAAAACUCACUUGACAAAGGCAUAUUCAGCAAAUCAUUUAUAUAUUAAAUGGUUGACA